GUUUUUUCCGCUUUAAAUACUAAAUUUCAUUCUCACACUAAUGAUAUAAUUUCUGCUGAGGUUUAAAAGAUGUUGGUAGCGAACAUUCCAUGAAACUUAGCAACAGCUGCGAUGAAACGAUGUAUUUCUGUAAGAAAAAUCAAUACAAUGUAAAUGUGAAUUGGUUCACCCAAAUAGCUGUGAUGAAAUAACAGGGGAAAACCCCCUUUUCGUUACCGUAGGAUUGCAGAAAUAAAAAGGAAAAUAGUUUUUUUUAUGUGAAAUCCCAACACAUCAACAACAAUGAUUUUGCUUCUGUCAAAACGCAGAUACCCACAACAAGCACAGGCUGACGGAACCGGCAUGUUUAUGCGACGGAGCAACAUAAUGCUUUUGGUGUCGCUGUAAAGCAAGAAAUGUUUGUACCAAGCUGCGUGAUGCCAGUGAUGAGGCGCACCAACAUGCUGCGAACCGUGGUCCGGCGUAUGUCCCAGCAUCGCUUCAUCCUUCCACAGGCCAGCUUCGAUAGGGAGUACCUAUUAAACCCUGCCAAUGCACCGAGCAUAGAAGCCAACAUACAGCACCGGAAGGGAAUCGGCGAUAUACGGCGGGUGCAAACUAUUCACCAACAGCUCGUUGCGGGCACAGCACUACCGGAAAGCGAACGGACCAAACUAGCAACCGAGCUGGAAGCGGAAAUGGCCAAAAUUCCCAACCGUACCCAUCCGCUGGUGCUCGAGUAUGGUAACGAGCCGCGUGUGCUGAAACGAUUCAACGAGCAGCACAAGCGUACCGAUCGGAAAUACUUCCAGUUUAGCGAUAUCUGCAAGAAAAUGAACCUGUACCGGAUGGAGAACUUGGGCAACUUUACCGGCCAUCGUUCGUACUAUCUGACGGACGAGCUAGCCGAGCUUGAGCACGCCCUCAUCAACUACGCGGUGGAACGUUUGCACCGACGCAACUUUCAGCUUAUCACCGUGCCCGAUUUGCUGCCGGACCGUAUCAUUGAAAGCUGCGGCAUGAGCGUGCACGGGGAGCGCAAUCAGGUGUACAAGCUGAACGGUGGCAGCGAGCGGGAAUCGCUAUGCCUGUCCGGCACGUCUGAGAUGGCAUUGGCAGGAUACGUUGCGGGUCGUGUUAUACCGACCGAGAAGCUCCCGUACAAGCUGAUGGCUGUGAGCAGAUGCUACCGGGCGGAGACAUCGGCACUGCAAGAAGAAAAAGGCAUCUAUCGGGUGCAUCAAUUUACGAAGGUGGAAAUGUUUGCCGUUUGCAACCGGGCUCAGUCCGCAACCGUCCUGGAGGAGUUUCGUGACAUCGAGGUGAGCCUUUUCGAUGAGCUUGGGCUACACUUUCUGCUGCUCGACAUGCCAGCGUGCGAGCUGGGUGCGCCGGCUUACCGCAAAUACGACAUCGAGGCGUGGAUGCCGGGUCGGGGCAUGUACGGUGAAAUUUCGAGCUGCAGCGACUGCACGGACUAUCAGGCCCGUCGGCUCGGGAUACGCGUUGAACCGGAAGCGACCGAGACGGCCAGCCCGGAAACGAACUUUGCCCAUACCGUAAACGGGACCGCGUGCGCCAUCCCGCGCAUGUUGAUCGCACUGUUGGAAAACUUUCAAAACGAGGACUACACCAUAACCGUGCCGGAAGUGUUGCGACCGUACAUGCACGGGAAGCAGUUUAUCCGCAGGCGUAAGGUGUUACCGGAGCUGAAGCUAACGAAACGGCUACUGCAGGAGGAAUCGUUUUGAAUAAAGCUAGCUAGCUUGGCCUAGAGUGGAAGAAGAAA